UUUUUACCCCGUUAUGGUUCUGUGUAUUUUGGGUUGGAUUAUAAAUGAAAGAAUGACAAAUGAAAUCAAAAUAUUCAGGGUUGUCUCUUGCACCAAUUCAGAAAAUGUCUCGAUUCAAAAAUGGGCUAAAAUCGCAGUCCCGUUUCCUCAAAGGGAUGUUUUCCAGUUACAGAUAUGGAAGAAAAUCUCGAAUAAUUUGUCCUGUCCACUAUUUGGCAAAUGUGCAUAGUUUGCAUAGCAUUUUGAAUCGUUUCCAAAAAUUGGGCGUGCGGCCUAAAAGCAAAGUCGAAAUUUGUCAUAACCGCCCCGCCCCGCCCCGCCCCCUAUCGGGAGUGGCUGAUGUUUUGUUUUGUUUUGUUUUGUUUUUUGGAUCCCGCCGUGCAGCAGCCAGCCGCCAAUUGGACUUUUCUCCCGAUCGGAGCUGCCGCGCGUGCACUUUGCGCACCGCAGCAGGUCCACGCAAAGUUUUUGGGGCGUGUCAGGCCUGCCCCGAAAGGGGAACGAGAGACUUGACGAUAAAAGCCACCAAAAAGCCUUUUCGGCGCGCCGGUGACGUUUCGCCCCCUCCCCAAAUAUAAAGCCCCCUUUCCCUCGGCCACACGGGAGGAGAGGCGACCUGCUCGCGAGGAGGAGCGACCGCCGAGGAGAACUUGCGCCCAACCCAAGUGUCGGUCUCCGGUCGGUCGGUCGGUCCGGAUCUCGCUCGGGCGCACGCAUGGCCGCCCUCAUCAGCGCCUACUCGACGUGGCCCGAGUCGUUCGAGUGCCAGCCGGCGGACGCCGGCGUCGCGGAGGCCGCGCACCGGGCCGGUGCCGGGGAAAAGGCGGCGGAGCCCCGCAUCCGCCGCCCCAUGAACGCCUUCAUGGUUUGGGCCAAGGACGAGCGCAAGCGGCUGGCCGUGCAGAACCCGGACCUGCACAACGCCGAGCUCAGCAAGAUGCUCGGCAAGUCGUGGAAGGCCCUGACCCCCCCCCAGAAGCGGCCCUACGUGGAGGAAGCCGAGCGUCUGCGCGUGCAGCACAUGCAGGACUACCCCAACUACAAGUACCGCCCUCGGCGCAAGAAGCAACUCAAGCGCAUCUGCAAGCGCGUGGACCCCGCUUUCCUGCUGGGGGGCCUGGCCCCCGACCAGAACGCCCUCCCCGAGCAGCGGGCCCUGUGCCGCCCGCUGGACAAGGACGACGCCGGCCGGUUCUCCGGGCCGGGCCCGAGCCCGGGCCCGCCCCUGCCCGGCGUGCGGAGCUUCCGGGACCCCGCUUUCGACGCGUACCCCUACGGCCUCCCCACCCCUCCCGAAAUGUCCCCCUUGGACGCCGUGGACCACGAGCACGGCCCCCCGUCGUACUACCCCGCCGUCGCCCGCCCGUCGCCCGAGGAGCGCCACCAGAGUCACAUGGGCAGCCCGCCGCCGUACCACCUGGACUACGCUCAGACCCAAAUCCUCGCGGCGCCCGGCGGUAGCGGCGGCCUGAUCCCGGGCUCGUACUACGGCGCCGCCCCCUUCCCCCUGAGCCACCACGGCCUCCGGCAGGGCCACCUCGGUCAGCUGUCCCCGCCGCCGGAGACGCAAGGCCACCUGGAGACUCUGGACCAGCUGAGCCAGGCCGAGCUCUUGGGCGAGGUGGACCGCGACGAGUUCGACCAGUACCUCGACUCCGGAGCGGGCGGCUACCCUUCUGAGCAAGGCGUAACCGUGACGGGCCACAUCCAGGUGUCCGCGGCGAGCACCAGCGCAGAGACCAGUCUGAUUUCGGUUCUGGCCGACGCCACCGCGGCCUACUACAACAACUACGGCAUCUCGUGAGCUCGAGGGCGACCCCGGCGAUAUUUGUCCGUCCGCUGUCCUGCGCUGCUCCGGUUCGGGGUCGCCUCGGUAGAGUUCGGCCUGAACUGCCGGUCAGCAGCAGCAGCAGCAGCGAACAUUCAUCCAGAUCCUUUUUUCGUUUCGUUUCGUUUCGUUUCGUUUCGUUUUGUUUUGGUGUGGUGUGGUCAUGAAGGUCACCACAGAAGUGGGCUGUGCCCCGGACUGGUAGCCAUCCAUCCAUCCAUCCAUCCAUUGUUCAGGGUUUCAGGUAGGUUCCAGUUCACCUCACCCCACCGGGCUCCACAGUUCUAGUCAGAGAAGCGGGGUACGCCCUCAACUGGUCGCUCAGUCAAUCGACAGCCGUUCGCAACUCGGGGCAGUUUUCGGGCUUCACUUCACCUAAUAUGCAUGCGGUAGGAUGCCGGAGUACCCGGAUUCAAACCCCGACCGUUUAACAGCGAGGCAGGACGACGCGCCGCAACAAAGCCACAGACUGACGUAUCCGAGUGGCCGCAGGGGGGGGGGGGGGCUCGCUAAAAAACGGGACACCUCAGGGAGGGCUAGCGGAGCCCCUCCGGUUGUCGGCUGCUUGCCAGGAACUAAUUGAAACUUUUUCUUUUUAAUGGUUUCAUAAUUCUGGCUCUCACUGAAUCUUACUUCACUAGUUCUCACCCCCAAUUUUUUGCCUUCUAUCCACUGCUUAAUGUAAAUACAUCAAUAUAAAUAUAAUCACCUAUAUGAUGAAAGUAGGGUAAGAAACGUCUGCUGAUUUUGGACUGUAAUUUAAAGAUGGUGGAUUUGUCAUUUCUUCUUGUCAAUAAAAGCAAU